UUGUUGGUGAUGGUGAUUGGUUCCAUGGUGUUUAACGAGAUAGUGGUGGGACUUGCGGUGUCCUACCUGAGCGUCCUGAUGUGUGGCAUCGGUGUCCUGAUGGCGUGGCGUGGCUUCUCUCCCCUCCGCCAACUGCCCACCUUCCACUGGGUGUGCGCCGAGUUGGCGCUCCACAUAACUCUCACAGAGUUUUGCACAGCCGCUUGUUUUAUAAGCACAUUCACAAGCAGCACCACGAGUGGACGGCUCCAAUCUCAGUUACCGCCAUCUACUGUCAUCCCAUCGAGCACACAUUCAGCAAUCUUUUGCCGCCCUUCCUCGGGGUAAGCUCCAGCAUAGAUAAACGACAUGGUGUUUUGUAUCAAGUUUAGAUGAUACUGUAUCAUGUG